AUGACGGACGAGGACAUUAACUGUGAACCAUGUUCUCGGGAAGAAAUAAAAGUACCAGCAAGCCGUUAUUGUUAUGAGUGCUCCGAGAAAAUAUGCGAAGACUGUGUAAAACUACAUAAGAAAAUCAAAAGUCUGUCAAAUCAUAAACUUUGUUACCUCGGCGACGGAGAAUCAGAUGUUGCUCAAUUUGAUUUCUUGAAGUCACUCACAAAGUGUCCGGAGCAUCAGGCAGAGGAGGUUCGAUACAUCUGCAAGGACCAUGACCAGUUAUGUUGUAACGAGUGUGCGAUAGUAAGGCACCGGAAGUGUGAUCAUAUGAUCUCUAUUGCAGACGAACUAUCCAAGUUUGAAAUUUCAGACCAGGAUAUAAAUUUCAGACUGGGUGAAAUUUUGGAUAGUUCCGAAAAGCUGACAGAAUACGAAACUAAGCACCAGUCUACAGUAAAAGCUUCAAAGAUGCAAAUAAGAGAAAAGCUUGCAGCGUUUAAAAUGAAAAUAGAUGAAGCUUUCUGUAAAAUGGAGCAAACUAUUUUACAGGAUGCUGACGACAGAAGCUCCAACAUAUUGAAGGGAAGUAAUACACAACUUGAAAGCAUUGAAACGCUGAAAACUGAGGUUAAUCAGUCACGUGACAACCUUUGUACUGCUCUUAACAAUGGAGAAAAACUUCAUUUAUUCCUGAUUGAGAGGCUGUUGAAAACAGAACUUAAACGACACGAAGACACGCUUCAAAAUCUUCGAAGUGACUCAAGCGUGAAAUGUCUUACUUUAGUAGACGACAUUUCUGAACAAGACUUGAUGAAAACCAUUGCUUCCUGUUCUCAUCUCGAAGAGCUAACAUCUAGUGCUGGAAUACCUUCAAAUACAGAAAUAUGCGAGAUCGCUGUCACCGGAGAACCAGUAUUUAUUAGCGAAAUGAAAUUGAAUAUUUCGUCAGGUAAUGCACGUGCGUGCGUGUGGAUAGACAACUUUGUUAUCGUUGGUUUACAAGAAAUGAAGCAGCUUCGAUUGUUUGAUAUAAAUAAGGAAUCACUUAAAUGCAAUAAAACAGAAAACGUGUCCUCACAGCCAUUGUCUUUGAAAAAAGUAGAUGAUUCAAGAUUUGCUGUCUGUUACCCAUUUAACAACAGUAUUGAGCUAAUGAAGAUCAGUAAAGGGACAUUUGAAACGGUGAGUACGUUCAAAACAGACGGUGCUAUCUGGGAUAUUUCGUUCAACAAAUUACAACGCCAAAUUAUAGGUAUUUCCAGGUCUGGGACUAUUGAUGUGUUCCAACUGGAUGGUACUAAAUCUGGCUCUGUCCCAUUAACACCCAAAAUGUCUUAUGUUGUGAAGAAUGCGUACGGAAUUUGUUUCGAUACAGGCACUAACGUGCUGUACAUAUCUAGCCGCGAUCUGCAUCAAGUGGUGGCGGUGAAGUUAGAUGGUACAUUAGUUUUCGAAUACAGUCAACAAAAUUUACAGUAUCCUUGGCAACCAGACAUCGAUGCCAAAGGAAAUAUUUAUAUACCGGGUGUUGGAGGGAUACAUCAGAUUGAUAGAAAUGGAAAACUCCUACGUGAAAUAAAGCUUCCUGGCCAUGGACUUUGUGUUACCUUUGAUGAAAGUAACACCAAGUUCAUAGUGUCUUUUGGCAAUCCUUCACGUAUCCUCAUGUACAAAUUGAAAUAA